AUGACAGAAAUAAAGAACACGAGUAUGGCUUACUACAACAUAGACAACUUCAUGGAAGAUGAGCAGGUGGCCAGUGUCGUAUUCAGUGAGGAUAUCAUGGGCACUAAGCUGUAUAAGGUAGUUAAGAAAAACAAGAAGACAGAAAUGCACAUUUUUGCAGUGAGGUUUCUAAUUGAGAAUGAAUUCUGCAAAAUACACAGGAGCGAAGAGGAUAUUGGUGAAUUCUCUAGGUUAAAGAACGAUUUGGAUGCACAGGCUGAUAUUGUGGAUCUGAAAAAUGAGAUAUUCUAUGCAUUUAUUACGGCACAGAAAAGUGAUAGCGAAAACAGCAGUGAAUUUUUGAGCAGCACUUUUUUGAAGAGAAUGGGCCGUUUUGCAAAGUUGCUCGUCAAAGAAAACUUUGGUGAGAACGAGAUAUCGCACUUGAGCUACGAGGAGCGCAAAAUCAUUAUUCAGGCACGAAAGGCCUACCAGGCGCACGUCAAAUAUGAAGUAAACAUACUAUGA